UCGAGGCCAGCACUAGUGGCAAUGCGCAUGCGCAUACUGAGUCUCUGAUCUCCACCCUCCCUCCUUCCCUUGCUUUCCCCUCUCCCUCCUUCCCUCCCUCCCUCCUUCCAUUCUCUCUCUCUCUCUCUCCCUGCCGGCUGCGUGCUGAAGUUGGGCGGAUGGCAGCAAACCAGCUCCGCUAGGGACCAGCUGCACAAGCCUUUCCCCGGGACCGUUCAGUGCCAAGCACACACAUCCAGGCCGGGGAGAUGCCCUUUGGAAGAAUAAACAAAAAAGAGUCAAUGCCACUGGGGUGCUGAAGUAGCUGAGAUGAGAAAAAGGCAACAGUCACAAAAUGAAGAAACAUCUGCUGUGUCUCAAGCACCUGGAAACCAAAGGCCCAACAACACAUGUUGCUUCUGUUGGUGUUGUUGUUGUAGCUGCUCAUGCCUCACUGUUAGGAAUGAAGAUAGAGGGGACAAUACAGGAAGGCCGACACACACAACCAAAAUGGAGAGUAUUCAAGUCAUAGAAGAGUGCCAAAACCCUACAGCAGAUGAAAUUUUGUCUUGGGCUCAAAAUUUUGACAAGAUGAUGAAAACACCAGCCGGUAGGAAUAUUUUCAGAGAGUUUCUUCGAACAGAGUAUAGCGAAGAGAACUUGUUGUUCUGGCUAGCAUGUGAAGACCUGAAGAAGGAACAGAACAAGGAAGCUACUGAAGAAAAAGCAAGGCUUAUAUAUGAGGACUACAUUUCUAUACUUUCACCAAAAGAGGUUAGUUUAGACUCACGGGUGCGAGAAGUGAUCAACAGAAAUUUGUUGGAUCCCAAUCCUCAUAUGUAUGAAGAUGCUCAACUUCAGAUCUAUACGUUAAUGCACAGAGACUCUUUCCCAAGGUUUUUGAACUCUCAGAUUUAUAAAUCUCUUAUUGAAAGUACUAUGGGCUCUACUUCUGAAACUUAGGUCUAUAUUGGGGGUUGAAACCUUAAUUUAGCUUUUUUGGGGGGAGGGAAGACUAUUAGGAUGAAGACAGAUGUAACAUUUUUAGAGCGGUGGGACUGUUUUGGAAGCACCCUCACUGCAUUCAAUCCAAAAUGUACCUUUCUGCUCCUUUGAAACAGAGUCUGGCUGUGUGCGGUGCUGAUUUGCAGAGCCCCCACCCGAAACCUCCCCCUCAAUAGCUGGAGCAAUUUUGCACUUUAAGAAAUGUUUCCUUUUUAAAUGAAUGUUCAUGCAGCACCUAUUCUUUUUUAAGGGUGGAUAGCUCAUCCUUUAAAUGGAGGAGGGGGGAGUGACAACUGAGCUAGUGUUCAGUUUGCUGGUAUGCACAUCUGUCAUUUCAGCUGAGAGGCGGAGAGGAAGCCAGGCUCAUCCCACUGCUGAGAGAUGUACUGUGAGCUCUCUUUUGAUAUUACAUCUGUCUUCACCUUAGUAAUUUAAUAACAUCUGGAACUGAGUUCCUGGAGAACUACAGUUUAGCACUACUCAGGCUACUGUGAAGUAAACAAAUACACACAAUGGUCUUUGUCUACAUUUUACCAAGGUCCUUCAUGCUUGAGUUUGGAAAGGAGAAGGGUAGAUUUGCCAAAUCACACUUGUUUCAUGCACCUUUCACAACUGCAGUUAAGAUUGCAAUGAUGUAUUUGUUGUUUUAUGAAGAAUUUCCUUGAGUAUCCUCACACUGCAUGGGCAAAGCAAAACUGCUUCACUCACCACUUAGUUGUUGCAAUAUUUAAUCCAACAACAUAAAUUAUAUCUAUAUUUAAGAACAUUUUGUGCAAUAUGGUCUUACAUACACACAGAAAUCAUUGGAGCGGGCUGGAAAGUAAUUUUUUAAAAUAUGCUAACUCUGACAGAACGAAGGUGUAGCAAUAUUAUUCCCAGAGCUGUCUGGAGAAAAACCCAUUGUUAUGUAAGACAGACAACCUUUAUGUAUAGGAGAGAGAGAGAAAAGUGUGUGUAUGUGUGUGUGUGUUAUUUAUCAUUCAUUUAACGUUAAAAACAGGAUCCCUCUUGACUGCCAAAAUUGUGGCAUUUUGUUACAGAGUUUCAAAAUGUCAAAAAAUAAAGACAUAAACCACAACAAAAACAAGCACAAAUUACAUAAAGGGAUCCAUGUCGGGGUGACAUAGUCUAUGCGCUGACAUUGUUUUUAAUUGUUUUAGAAAAACAGAUAAUCAAUGUACAUUUCAGAUGUCGGAUUAUGUAACGGAUUUAUUAAAGACUGGCUAUCCAGUUAUCUAACACUGUUGUGUAAUGUUAUGUAAUUCAGCAAAACAAAACAAAAAACCCCAAAACAAA